CGCGCCCGGCUCAGACGCGCCCAGGAUGAGCCGGACCCAACGCAUCGCCCUUCAGGGACCCGGGCCGUGGGGUUUCCGCCUGGUCGGCGGCAAAGACUUCGACCAGCCGCUCACCAUCUCCAGGGUUACCCCUGGCAGCAAAGCUGCAAUUGCUGAUUUAUGUAUUGGAGAUGUUAUCAUGGCAAUUGAAGGGGAGAACACAGAGAACAUGAGUCACCUAGAAGCACAGAACAAAAUCAAGGGCUGCAUAGAUAAGAUAACUCUGACAGUAAGCAGAACUGAAUCAAAAAUCUGGUCACCACUGAUUACUGAAGAAGGGAAAACCAACCCGUACAAGAUGAAUCUGGCUUCCGAACCGCAGGAUAUAAGGCAUAUAGGAAGUGCACACAACCGGAGUGCUAUGCCAUUCACUGCCAACACUUCACCUAAACUCAUCACUGCUCAGUACAACAAUCCAGCAAGCUUGUACUCCCCAGAAAACAUACAGACCUUCAACAACGCAGUGGAGUCCAAGUCAUCUGUGUGUGACCAGGAGCCCAGUAAGAACUUGGACCAUCUUAACCAGCCUUCCAGUAACCUAGCAAUUGACAAGAGCUCCGAGGUUUACAAGAUGCUGCUGGAGAACCAAGAUUCAAAUGAACCACCUCGUCAAUCCACCUCAUUCUUGGUGCUACAAGAAAUUUUAGAAUCUGAAGAAAAAGGAGACCCCAAUAAGCCUUCUGGAUUUAGAAGUGUAAAAGCUCCAAUGACCAAAGUUGUAGCUUCAAUUGGAAAUUCCCAGAAGCUGCCCAUGUGUGAUAAGUGUGGGUCUGGCAUUGUAGGUGUAUUUGUGAGGCUCCGGGACAAGCAUCUCCACCCAGAGUGCUACGUGUGCAGUGACUGUGGAGCGAACCUCAAACAAAAAGGGCAUUUCUUUGUGGAGGAUUGUAUCUACUGCGAGACGCACGCCCGGGAACGCGUCACCCCACCUGAGGGCUAUGAAGUGGUCACUGUGUUUCCAAAGUGAACGAAUGUUUCAGUGUGGAAGUUCUGCAGAGAGCCAUUGUCUUCCGCUUCUGAAUUCUUAUUGCAGUCAUGAAGGUUCAGAAGGCUUUUGCAGUGGACCUUUUUGUUAACUGCUACUAAACAUCGCUAAUAGUGAAACACUUGCUUUUUUAUAUAUAGAUGUGAGGGAAUGCUCCUCCGCUUGCUGAUACAACUCUUCUUUCUGCCUCUCUCUUCAAAAUGAACUGCCAACCAAAAUCAGAUACUAAAGCCAAAUCACAAUACCUUUCUUCUGUUCCUAGUUAAUAAAGUGGUUGACUGAAAA